AUGUCAAAGAAGAAGAUCAGGAGUGACUUUGACCGCCUAAAGUGUCGUGAGACAGAAAAAACGUUCGCCGGAACUUGAUUAAUUCCGGAACAUGGAGUUUCAACAAGAGCGUGGAAAUCUCCUCUGCAGUUGAAGAAUGGUUUUUCCCGGUGGAUCUAAACUUGGAAAAAAUGAAAAUAAUGAUGCAGACACACUUAUAAUUCAUGAUACUGCAUUUGCUCACAUUUUCAUCUCGACCGCCUUUUAUACACUCGGGUUUAAUUUAAGCUUAUGCUCGUCUUGCCUGAAGCACACUGCCUCCGUUUGUCUCUACACGAUUAAAUACAAAGUCAGUAAAUGUUCACAGAAGCCUGCACGUUUUUGCUACAGAUAUGUUAGCAGCCUCUUGAUUCAACUUCAGUUAGUAAAUAAUCAACAUCAGCGUCAUCAGAAGUGUCGAGUCCCUGUUUGCCGUAGUAUACAGUUGAAAAUAUAAUGUCGUAAACAGCGGUCUUUAUAGCGAAAAUGGAUUGGACAUUAAUAGCGUGUGAUCAAGAAUUUUGAAAUUUGAAUUAUGAUGUGUUAUGAAAUUUGCCUAGAUCACUGGUUUUUAUCUCUUUCGAAGUUUAGUUCCAUUGUUAAAUGUUAAAACCAUUUCAGCUGGAGGCGGGAAUUUCCACUAUAAGCACUGAAGUCCUUUUUCCUGCAGUUCUGCCAUGCUCUUGGCCUUAAAGGUCGGUACACACUAGGCGACAAGUUGCAGCAACUUGUCGCGGCGACACGUUGCAGCGACAAAUCGCUUCGUGUGUACUGGAGAAUUUUUGUGAAAAUCUUUGUCGCUGCAACAGAAUUUGUCGCCGCAACAAGUCGCACCGAUUCAGUCUGAUUUGAUUUUUUGCGACUUGUUGCAGCGACAAAAUUAUGUUGCGGAGACAAAGAUUUUCACAAAAAUUCUCCAGUACACACGAAGCGAUUUGUCGCUGCGACGUGUCGCCUCACCUUGUUGCUGCAACUAGUCGCCCGACCUGUACACACAGAGUGAUCUGUCGCCGCGACGUGUUGCAGCAACUUGUCGCCUAGUGUGUACCGACCUUAAAAUCGCUCUUACGGUUGACUCCCGAUAACUCCCCCCGCUAACUCGAACCUCGCUCUAACUCGAACCAAAAAUCGAUUUCCCCUGGAUUUCCUUCAUACAUUUACUGUAAUUUUUACCCUCGGUAACUCCAACCCUCGAUAACUCGAACCUCCCGCUAACUCGAAGUAGUUUUCGGAUCAUUUCUAUAUAAUUCUAUCCUCGAUAACUCGAACCGUGUUUUGAGCCCUUUUUAUUUAAUUAAAAGUCGGUAAAAAACGGUCUACUGGUGUCCGAAACAUUGAAUUUUGAAUUUCCCAUUGACGUGUUGUAAGUAUAUAGUUCACUAUUGGAGGCUGAUGUCAGUUGUCACAAAUCUAACGUGAAACAGCUUUACUUCUCAAAACAGUAAAACGCAUGCUCUAUUUUAGCAAUGUUUUGUUACGUUAUGUUCUGAUUUAUAAUCUAGAAAUAUCUUUUAAUUUUCACUCGACAUUUCUACAUCUAAAUGUGAUUAAAAUGUUCACUAUGCAGUAAAACUGUUUUUUUCCUUACUCCCGUCUAUUUUUUUCGAGCUCCCGAUAACUCGAACCUUUUUCGAUUUCCUUUGAAGGUUCGAGUUAUCGGGAGUCGACUGUAUUCUUCUGCUUAGACAUUUUUGAACCUUAAACUAUCCGAGUUUCAAACAGGGAAAGGGAAAUAAAAUUUAUAAAUCAACGCGAACUUGAAAUGGCGACUCGUAGUUCGUACAAGUACACGGUAUGUGACAGAGAACGGAUGUCCGAACUUCAGGAGUUUGUUUACAACAAACGUCAUCAAAGCUCACUUGAAACUACAAGUGAAGAAGAAGGCGGAAGAAGUCGGAUAAAGGUAUAACUACUGUGGCAACUCGUUAAUGAACUCCACCCAAAAACCACAUAGAUGACAUGACUAGAAAAUGGCAUUGUGAUAUACCAAGCCCGCCUCUUAGACGAUAAAUCAUUGUUAUUUUUUCUUGUAACUCGAAGUACAACUCGAAGUUCAACUCGAAUGCUAACUCGAACAUAUACGACUCCUAAUAGGCAAUAUUAUUUCUACUGUUUUAAUAAGGAUCCUGAGUUUAACAUGUUUCAACCCCACCAACUUCGGUCGCUAUUAUAGCCCCGGCCUAACCCUAUUGAACCCUACGCAGAUCCGAAACCUGUCGGUUAAUGUCACUUUAAACUCUUAGCUGUGCAUCGAUCUCGGAAUUGUUCCUGUAACCUUUUCAAAUCAAGGAAGGUUCUCGCCUUAGCACUUGAUGACCACUAACAAAACAAUUUUCAAGUAGGCAAUCUCGCAGGAGUAAUUGAGACUACUAGCUUUGAAUGAUGACUUAGAAAAUUACACGCUUUUACGAUUCACGUACACCGAUUUUAUGAUCUGUGUUCAGCCAUUUGUUGUACCUGUAUGUAGAUGACAGAUCAAAAGAGUGUUUGAUAUAAUAGACGCGGAAAUUUAUGUGCGUCCUUUAAGCAUUCACUGUAAUUAUGGACGUGAUGCGGAAAAAUUGCAGAUAUUGUUCAAAUUGACCCGCUUAGAUGACUGAAACGUGCUGCAUGUUCCGUUCUUUAACCACGCUUUGCUAACCAGGACUAUAAAAAGGCCUCAUUAUUACACAUUUAUUUACUAACCAGUGAUCUACAGCGACACCACCCGAGAAGCUUGCCGUGUAGCUUCGUGUAGCCCUUUGAGGUAAAGUAUUCCAAUUCAGUUUUCUCGCUUUAGUUUGACUUUGAUAUUCAGAAAAAAUUAUGUUUUAUUGAAAACAAAGUAAUAUCAAAGCGUUAUUCAUGCAAUUUACAUUUUUUUAGUCACUACUCAGUCCUUUUCUCCCGCUAGAACAAGUCAGUUAAAUUCGACAAAAUGAUUUUGGAAAGGACAAACAAUGAAAACAUCCCUGCUCAGUUAAGCCAGUCGUGACGGCUUCUACUUUUUCUCUUUUGUAUUUUUUCUUUCUUUUGUUUCAUUGUCUUAUUUGAUCUUAAUUGCGUAUUUCGAUCAAAGUGUACAGUAAAACUCUCCAACUAUGAACAUGAAUUCAAAGCAGGGGCACCCAUCGAGAAUAUACUUCAAAACCACUUAAACAUAGCAAUGUUGAACGUAUUUUAGUAUUUAAACGGUAGAUAAAGGCAUAUUUUUAUCCCCUAAAAAUUUUUCAUCUGUUCGGAUUUCCUAGCUGAAAGUCUAGUGAUCCGAAAAUUAUGGGGAUCAAAACUUACCUUUUCGAAAGUUUCAGCCAGAAAAAAGGUUCCCGAAAAUUCUAGGUGACCUUUUUCGUGUAAAAAUCCGUUAAAAAUUGUCAAUUAUACCAGUUUUCACAUGUUCGAAAAUCCUAGGAGAGGCAGGCAUUCAAGAAAUUUUACAACAAAUGUUCCGAAAAUUCUAGAUCUCAAAUCGUCUUCCGAACAGAUAUUUUCCGAAAAUUGACGUUGGGUGCCCCUGUCAAAGGUACAGAUUUCUAGGAGAAGCAAGGCUUGGACGGUUAACAGCCAAAAUAAAAUGCACUUGCACAAGCAAACAAAUCUUAGAAACUGAACUCGUCUGCAAAGUGAGACGCACUGACAAAUGUUCUUUUAUCUCGAUUUUCGCUUUUACUUUGAAGCUACUGGUCCAAAUUGCGUCACCCGUGUCUGCAGGCCGCUAUGAUCCACGCGCUCUCCGCGCGCUGCACUUGCGACAAAAAUUUUAAUAUCUUCGCUGAGCCCAGGUAUUCAAUCGAUAAAAAUCGGUAUCGCUAAAAAUCGGUAGCAAUCAAGUGAUUUUUAUCGAUUGAUAACGGAAAUCAGUGAAAAUCGAUAAACUAAAUUGCUGUGUCAAAUCGAUAUUAUUGAUUUUCAAGAUUUUAUCGAUUUAUAACGGAAGUCCGCCAUUGUUGUUUUUUGGGAUGAGUGACUACAGCUGAGAAAACACAUCUACGAAUAUCAACUGCUCAGCAAACGUGAAAAUGAGAAAUGUGGAAACUAUCACACACAAGUUUCUCUCUAAAACUCGUCGUUUGGUACAUAAUAACACUGAACGGUUCGGUUUUAUAAUUAAAUUCAGUUCUCGCAGGCAAGUAUCACGAGAAAUACAACCGUAGUAAACUGAUUUUUCUAGCCUGAAUUUCAGACAUUCCCUCGAGUCGAAGGGAUGUCUGAAAUUCAUUCAAAGAUUUCCCUGGAUAGAUUUUCACCGUUUUCUUUAUCAAUCGAUAAAAAUCACUUGAUUGCUAGCGAUUUUUGUCGAUGUCGAUUUUUAUCUAUUGGCUACUUCGGGAUUUAACUAAACGUGGAACUACACCGACGUUAUUUUGAAAGGGCGGCGGGUCUAAAUCGUGAAAAACUGGGCGCCUACAAACCAGAAGCCAAUUUUAAACCUGGUUUUGAAGAAAAGAUAAGAUUUUUCAGAUUUUUUUAAAAGAAUUUUUUAAAAAGUGAUAACUGUUUAAUUCCUUCGACGCUCAACUGCAACUCAAUUGUCAACAAAUUUACUGUUUGCAUGAAAUCAGUUUUCAUUUUUGAAUGAACAGAUGAACAGAUACAUCUUCUGAUAUAAAUCGAUGAAAUCGGCAAAAAUCAAGGUAAAUCGAUAAACGAAACGAGUGGGUCAUCGAUUUCUACCGAUUGAUUGAUACGAUCGAUAUCAAUCAAAUUAGAUUUACCGAUUUUUAUCGAUUUAUUGAUUGAUAAAUCGGUACCUAUUUUUAUCGAUUGACUACUCCGGGCGCUAAGAGAGGAAUAAAUAAAGUCACAUGGUACAUAGGCCUCCUCCACACGUAUCCGGGUAUUGAAUCCGCUACUUUUUCUUUGUUUUCUUUGCGGAUACGUCUUCCGUCCACACGUAAUCUGUGAAUCCGGCAGACGAGUCCUGCGUUCUGCAUUCGGUGUUUCGCAUUCAGAUUACGUUGACUAGAUUUUUGAAUCAGCUGAUUGGGUGAGUAUUGUACGUCAAUUUCUCCCAGAUGUUUGUAUCACACCUUCUUCAAAUACUCUGAGACUGCAAUUAUUCACAGUUUAACAAAUACAAAGGCGAAAAACGAAAACAACUUACCUACUCAAAAAAAAAAGAAAGAGAAUCGCACAUCUUUUACCAACGCCUUGUACUUAUCAAUCGUGCCAAAUACUGCCUCCUAAUUGGCUAAAAACCUUGACGCCAUGUUGGCUCUAAUCGGUUCACAAGUGAUAGUUCCGGCCUUGUGAUUGGCCCAAACCAGUCUCAAGGGAGUCUACACCUUACAUUACACUUUUACACUUUUGCAGCACGAACGAGAAUUUUUCUACCUACAGCAAUACCUCGCGCAGUACUAUAAUGCUGCCACCUCGCACGCCUCGCUUGCUCAACCGUUGGUAAUAAUGCUGCAUCUUUCUUUUCUUUCAGUUUUGUUGAAAACGUCGUCAAAAUAGACAGGAAGAUGAUUCCGUUAUUUCUCGUUCUUCUUAAUCUUUUGGCUGUUGGCCAUGCAACAAGUAAGUUCAACAGACGCAAUGUUUAAUUGACGAGUUGGAGUGUUUUAUGACGCUCAAAGUGCGAGGUGCGGGCGAAUAUUUUAUUAAGCGUGAUGAAACACGAACUCCAAGACAAGCUCGUUCCCAGCGUUCUCCCUGAGAACUUUCAGUUUUAAUGAUUGUGAAACAUUUACAUAAUAAUAAUAAUAAUAAUAAUAAUAAUAAUAAUAAUAAUAAUAAUAAUAAUAAUAAUAAUAAUAAUAAUAAUGAGGUACUUCAGUUUAAUGAUGAUGAUGAUACAAAACUCUAUUCAUAGAUUUAAAAAAAUAGACUAUUUACAGAUUCAAGAAUAUGAAAUAUUAAAAUAUAUACCCUAUGUACAUUCUUCUUGUGUACGAAAGAGAAUUGUCGUAAAAUGACUAUCUAAAGACUACUGAUAAGAAUUAUAAAAAGCAUCAAACAGUUAAUAAAAAAAAAAUAAAAAAAAUGAUGAUGAUGAUAUUAAUAAUAAUAAUUAAAAAUAAUAAUAAUAACCUUUUUAUUGACAACAAAGCUAACUAUUAAAAACUAUUUACAAUUAAUGUCGCUGAAGAAAAUAAGUAUUCGGUCAAGUCAUUUCAUUUCAUAGUCUCCUGUUCAUUUCGAUUAAAAAAAAAUUCAAUUCAAUUUAAAAAAUGUAAUAAUAAUAAUAAUAAUAAGGUUGCAGGAUGUGUCAUGUACCGGGAACAGGGUACCAGUUGAACCAAUGAGAAUGAGAUGUUGUAGUUAAUUUUUUAUCUUCAUUAGGAUACACUACCAUGCCCAAAAACAAAAAUUAAAAAAUUAACUACAACAUAUGAUUAAAAUAAAUUAACUACAACAUAUACACUAUAGUAAUGAUAAAAAUCUAUUUUUUACAGAGAACUGUUGGGAACAUUUGCCGGAGGGCACAUGCCGUUACAUAAAUGAUCCCUGCCCAGCAGGUUCUGAAGAUUGCUCUAAGAGUUAUGCUUGUCCUGUGUCAACCAACAAAUGCUGUUGCCCGUCGUCUGUGACACCAACUGCGACGACGUCUGUGACGACGUCUGUUACGCCGUCCGUGCCGCCGUCUGUGUCGACCGCCCCGCCGACACCUAAACCAAGUUUGUAUUAUGUUCGCCAAUUUCUUUAAUAUAUAGAUUUAGCCAGAAUUAUUGAAGUGCAAAAAUUUUGCUUCACAAAUAGAUUUUUUAGAAAAACUUGCACUCGAUAAAUGCGUUGCUCAAGUACUCAGCAUCAUUCACUAUCCAAGCUUUUCACGGGAUCAUUUUUGGCUGAAAUUCAGGGGUAGACCCAGAAAAUUCAGAAAGGGGUGGCCGGGACACUUGCCCACUUGUCAUCUGUAGAGAUACUUUUUAUUUUUCUGACAAUUCUAUAACAGUAAUACAAAAUUUCAAAGAAAAAGGGUGGCCUCGGCCCCUCGGCCCCUCGGCCCACUCCUAAAUCCGCCCUUGAAAUUGGGGAUCAUUUGCGGUUUUGUGCCCGGCUUUUUCGCAAGCAAAACGUCACAAGUUACUAACAUAUAACCACCACGAUAAGUGAUGAUUAGCACUUCUGUCGUGCCAGUGAGAAAGCCAUCUAAAGGGCUUUUCUGGCCCUGCGUGGCGGGCGCAAAAUAGGGGAGGGGAGGGAGGGGAAAGAGUGAGAGAGCAAACAGGUUUCUUCUCCCACCUCACCCUCAUACUUAGCGUCUUCGUUCCACUUGACCAGCGGUCGGCCAGCAUGCGCAGUAAGGGACGAAGACUCGAGGUACGAGAUUGCUCCCACCUUUUUUCGAGGCCUGCCACGCAUGCUCAGACUAGGGAUCUUAAUCUUCAAAAUAGCUUAUCGUCAGUGAGAAUAAAAAAUUUACGAAUGGUAUCCAUCGACACAAUCCCCCGUUUUCCCUUCCUCUUCUACCUCGCAAGCAGAGGCUUAAAUUCUUCUUCUUGAUGGAGGGUUCUAUCUCAAUCGCGUCAAGCCUUUGAAGUCGCUGCAGUAGCUUGAACUUCUAGACUAGUCAAUCUUGUCUUCUCUGGAUAAAACGCUUGCAGCGUACGGCUUUUAGGCCUAAUUUCAAAACUGCAUCUUAACAACGUGUAGCGGAUGUAUGCUUAAAGAAGAUCUCAACCGAUUCAUGCAGAGUCUUUCUCGAGGUACGCGUGUGUUUUUCGUUCGUGGUUCGUAGUUAAAGGAAGAGGUCGAACACUGCAGGAGGGGCACUUUGAAUUUCAAGUGACGGGAAUGAUCGAAGGAUCUUUUUGGGGGUAGAAAAAUUUGGCGAGUAUAUUUUUGGGCGGCUUUAUUCAAGUACAUGUUUUUUUUGGAGGGGGUGCGGGAGGGUAUUCAAAACAAUAUGAAGAUUCGUGUUAGUGCCCGUGUAUCGCGGCCGCGUAGUUCUGCCCAAAAAAGUACAUCCAAACUUGUCAAGGCUCGGAAAUUCGAUAUCGGAUUUUUUGGGGGCUAAUUUUUGAACUGUUUGGUCCAUUCGAUCAUCCCCGGCCCUUAAAACCCGGAGUACCUUCCCUAGGGCCAUAGAAAGAAGCCAGGGAAAAAACUCGCUUCUUUUUUCCGUCUCGCCCCGCUCCCCUUCCCACCGUUUUCUCAUUAGUCCUCUGUUUAUCUUUCGCACGGCUUUGGCUCUUACUUUUCGAACCACAAAUAAAAAAACAGACCAAAAAUCGCCUGAUACGCAGGUUAGCGAAAGAAACUCCGCUCUGCUAGUGGGACAUUUCACUUUCUACGCCAGGAGGAUAAUGAUGAUAAUACUAAUAAUAAUUAUUAUUUUAAAUUUUUUAAUAAUAAUAAUAAUAAUUUUGUUGAUAACAAUGCUAACUAUUCUAUUGACAACAAUUUCGCUUAAAAAUACUAUUCCGUCAAAACACUAUUUACAAUUCCUUUCGAUUAAAAAGCACUUAGUUUUGAUAAGAAAAAAAAAACUUAAACAUAUCAAAUUAUUAAUUAUUCAUUUCAUAAUAAUAAUAAUAAUAAUAAUAAUAAUUUAUUCUUCACAGGGUACUGUUGGGAACAUUCGUUGGAGUCCAACUGCGAAUUCAAAUAUGAUCCAUGCCCACGGAAUCUUACAGAUUGCUCUCAAGACUUCGUUUGUCCUUUGUCAACCAACAAAUGCUGCUGCCCAUAG